GAGGGGAAAUGAUGGCUCAAGCCUCAGUGGCUGCUGCUUGGUCCGAGCACGGAGAGAAGGAGGCGACAAAUACCCAGAGAGAGUUGUGUGUUGGUUUGUUCUGCGGGAGAAAGAAAGAAAGAAGGAAAGAAAGAAAGACAGACAGAAAGAAAGACAGAAAGACAGAAAGACGAGUCCCGGGAAAGAUUAAAACAGAUGGAAAACGACAUGAAGAAGAAGAUGAAGGAGAGAUUCAGCCUGAGGCGCGACAUCUUCAAGGAGUUCCUGGCGGAAUUUCUGGGCAUCUUUGUGUUGAUCCUCUUUGGAUGUGGUUCAGUGGCUCAGACGGUGCUGAGUAAAGGGGCUGUCGGGGAACCUCUGACCAUCCAUGUUGGUUUCACUCUGGGAGUCAUGAUGGCCGUGUACGUGGCAGGAGGCGUGUCAGGAGCCCACGUGAACCCUGCCGUCUCUCUGGCCAUGGUGAUCCUGGGGAAGCUUCCUCUGAAGAAGUUUCCUGUCUACGUGUUGGCACAGUUCCUGGGUGCUUUUGCAGGAUCCUGCGUCGUCUAUGGUUUAUAUUACGACGCUCUGAUGGAUUUCACCAAAGGAGAAAUGGUCGUCACUGGUGUCAACGCCACAGCUAAUAUAUUUGCAUCUUAUCCUGGAAAACAUCUGUCCGUCGUUAAUGGCUUUGUGGAUCAGGUGGUUGGAAGCGGCGCUCUGAUCCUGUGCAUCCUGGCCAUCACUGACAGGAAGAACAUCGGCGCUCCUAAAGGCAUGGAGCCUCUGUGCAUCGGCCUGGUCAUCAUGGCCAUCGCAGUGUCCAUGGGUCUGAACUGUGGUUAUCCCAUCAACCCAGCUCGAGACCUGGGGCCGCGGGUGUUCACGGCCAUGGCCGGCUGGGGCCUGGACGUGUUCAGAGCUGGUGGUUGCUGGUGGUGGAUCCCCGUGGUCGGUCCCAUGGUGGGCGGAGCCGUCGGAGCGGCCGUUUACUUCCUGUUCAUCGAGCUGCAUCAUCCUGAGCCUGAAAAACAGGAGGAGAACGACGUCCAGGACAAAUAUGAGAUCAUAACCAUGAGUUAGAGACUGAAACUGUGACGACACGACAUUGUAAUCACCUGUGAAUCACAUGUUAAUCCCCUGUUAAUCACAUGUUCAUCACAUGUUAAUCACAUGUUAAUCCCCUGUUAAGAACCUAUUAAUCAUAUGUUAAUCCUCUGUUAAUCCUGCAUGAACAACAAACCUUUCAAUGACCAAAUGUUACAUUCAAAUAUAAACACAUUUUAAUUAGACAUAGUUUUUUAUGACAUCAUUAUAAGCAUUUUAUUAUAUUUAUAUUAUGUCCUCCUCUUUCUUUUCUGGAUCUUCUUCUUCUGUUGUUUUUAUUGUGUGACUUUUCAAUCAGGGCAUUAAAUACAUGCAUUUAUUUUAUUUUAUAUUCAGAUACAGUUCUGUUUCAUCUCCUUCUUUUCAUGUGUUUAUUAAAACAGUGAUUGAUCAGCAUUGUAGUUUUAUACGUAGACAAUUCCAGCCUUAUUAUUA